AUGGCUGGAAAAAAAAGGAAGAUUUUGCUUCUUGUUGAUAAUGCGACUUCUCAUAUAAUGCCAGAAAAUUCAAGUGAAGUCCAGGAUAAUGAUACAGAUGAAUCAUCAUCUGAAAAUGAUUCUAUUGACGAAAUUGAAGAACUCCAAGAAGAACUUUAA